AUGGGCACCCGGCAGACCAAGGGCAGCCUGGCCGAGAGAGCCAGCCCCGGCGCGGCGCCCGGCCCCCGCCGCGAACGGCCGGACUUCUGGGCGUCGCUGCUGCUGCGCGCCGGGGACAAGGCGGGGCGCGCGGGCGCGGGCGCGGGGCUGCCCCCCUACCACCGGCGCGUCGGCAUGGUCCAGGAGCUGCUGCGGAUGGUGCGCCAGGGCCGGCGGGAGGAGGCGGGGACGCUGCUGCAGCACCUGCGCCAGGACCUGGGCAUGGAGUCGACCUCUCUGGAUGACGUUCUAUACCGCUAUGCCAGCUUCAGGAACCUGGUGGACCCCAUCACACACGACCUCAUCAUCAGCCUGGCGCGCUACAUCCACUGCCCCAAGCCGGAAGGCGACUCGCUGGGCGCCAUGGAGAAGCUGUGCCGGCAGCUGACAUACCACCUCAGCCCCCACUCCCAGUGGAGGCGGCACCGGGGGCUGGUGAAGAGGAAGCCGCAGGCCUGCCUCAAGGCUGUCCUGGCUGGGAGCCCUCCAGACAACACCGUGGACCUGUCAGGCAUCCCGCUGACCCCCCGUGACCUGGAGCGGGUGACCAGCUACCUGCAGCGCUGCAGGGAGCAGGUGGACAGCGUGGAGCUGGGCUUCACGGGCCUCACAGACGACAUGGUCCUGCAGCUGCUGCCGGCGCUCAGCACGCUGCCCCGCCUCACCACCCUAGCUCUCAAUGGCAACCGGCUAACCCGGGCCCUGCUGCGUGACCUCACUGACACCCUCAAGGACCCCAGCAAGUUCCCCAAUGUCACGUGGAUCGACUUGGGCAACAACGUGGACAUCUUUUCACUGCCCCAGCCCUUCCUGCUCAGCCUGCGCAAGCGCUCCCCAAAACAGGGCCACCUACCCACCAUCUUGGAGCUGGGCGAAGGCCCGGGCAGUGGGGAGGAGGCCCGGGAUGAGACAGUGGACCAGGAGGACCCUGGGGGAGGCCCCCUGGAUCCUGCCAAAGACCUUGAGGGCAGGGAGACUGUAGGUGCAGUUCAGACAUGACACACAAGUGGGAGAAGUGGGAGUCCUCACCAGGGAGUCCAGGUGGGGUAGGAUGACUGUGGCAGGCUAGGAGGCCCAGCAGAGGCCUCAGGCAAUCACCCAAAAUUGGCCUGGGCAGCCCCACUCACCUGAGCCAGACUGUAGCAUCUGGGAAGGGGUUGUCCUCUCCAUUUCCCCCCAUCAAUUUCAAUCUGCCUUCUGGCUCCUGAGAAAUCAUCUGUGGCUUGAGAGGCAGCAGUCCCUCAGCCUCCCCAGAUUUGUGGGUGGUGCUUGGAGAUGCUCAAAGCUUGAGCUAAGUUAAGAGCUUAUCCCCAGGAGGAGUUCAGUUCCAGCCCUCCAUCUAACCCAGUUACUUCCUGAUAGGGUAGAACCUUUUUUCAACAGACUGGAGGUUGGAGUAGGAGUGGCUCCCCAGGGACUCCAGGAGCCUAGUCCCCACCUGAAGUGUAAGCGGGUGUACCUCCUGAGGCCCUGGGGGCUCAGAGGAACCACUUCCUAGUCUCAUCCUCCACCUGGGAUUCCAGGCCCUGCCCCUAGCACCCUUCAACAGAGCAUCCUAGGAUAGGAAGGUCCACCCAGAAACCACACCAACUCCCUACCCAGCCAAAGACUACCAGACCUUCUUCACUAGGGCUGCAUAGUUGCAAAUGAGCUCAAGUCAGAGUACUUCCCUUCAAAGGUUUUUAAAGACCUUUAUCCUUAGUUUCUUCUUAUGGAGUCCCCAAAGAGUACAUUCCCAAAAACCUACUCUGGAAGGCUCCUAAAACCGAAUAGGUCAAAACUUAGUUUGGUGGACUUCGUGCCUCCUAGCAAGAGCUAGGAGAUGGGGAGAAACUGGAGUUCCCAAAGGGUGGUAGCCACUCAGGCAAAGCUGGCAACAUGGCCUAAAGGGCCUCUAGGAUCAGGACAGGUAUAGGCAAGAUCGCAACUCAGGAAGGCCAACAGGACAGGGGCUGAGGUAAAGAGCCAGACUAUGCGACCUUGCCUGCCACUGCACAAGUGUUUGGCCAAACCGCAUAGAGCUUCAGGAGGUAGGCUAUGCACAAAAGGACACGGCCCAGAGGCAGACUGGAAUCAAAGGUGCGGAUGCCUUAAAUGCUUUGGAACUUUUACCCUCAAGUCUAAAGUUGUAAAAGGGGAAAACUGACUGACCAU